GCCGCAGCUUGAAGACGACGCCCGCGUCCCCGCGAUGCUCCCUUCCCGCCAUCUCCGCUCCGCGGCGCGGCAGAGGAGCCACCGGCCGCCGGGGAGGCUCGACGCGGAGGUGAUCCGGCGCAACAAGGCCAUCACGGCGCACAUGCGCGCGGGCCGCGUCGCCGACGCCGAGCGCCUCUUCGCCGCCACGCCCCACGGCCACCGCUCCACCUCCACCUACAACGCCAUGCUCGCGGGCUACGCAGCCAACGGCCGCCUCCCGCUGGCGGUCGCCCUCUUCCGCACCAUCCCGGAGCCGGACACGUUCUCCUACAACACGCUCCUCCACGCGCUGGCGGUGUCCUCGUCCCUCGCUGACGCGCGUGGCCUGUUCGACGAAAUGCCCGUGAAGGACUCGGUCACCUACAACGUCAUGAUCUCGUCCCAUGCCAACCAUGGGCUUGUGUCGCUCGCACGGCACUACUUUGAUCUUGCGCCACAGAAGGACGCCGUCUCAUGGAAUGGCAUGCUUGCAGCAUAUGUCAGGAAUGGGCGGGUUGAAGAAGCAAGGGGUUUGUUUCAUUCAAGGACAGAGUGGGAUGCAAUCUCUUGGAACGCACUGAUGGCAGGGUAUGUGCAGUGGGGUAAGAUGUCAGAGGCAAGGGAUCUUUUUGAUAGGAUGCCUGCAAGGGAUGUCGUAUCCUGGAAUACUAUGGUCUCGGGUUAUGCAAGAAGAGGGAAUAUGGUGGAGGCGAGAAGGUUGUUUGAUUCAGCUCCAGUGAGGGAUGUAUUCACAUGGACAGCAGUCGUGUCUGGAUAUGCACAAAAUGGAAUGUUAGAGGAGGCCAGGAGGGUGUUUGAUGCCAUGCCAGAGAGGAAUGCAGUGACUUGGAAUGCAAUGGUGGCAGCCUAUGUUCAGCGGAAGAUGAUGGAUGAAGCAAAGGAACUGUUCGAUAUGAUGCCCUGCAGGAAUGUGGCAUCAUGGAACACAAUGUUGACGGGGUAUGCUCAGGCAGGGAUGUUGGACGAUGCGAAGGCAGUUUUUGACACGAUGCCGCAGAAGGAUGCAGUCUCUUGGGCUGCAAUGCUGGCUGCAUAUUCUCAGGGUGGUUGCAGCGUGGAAACCCUGCAGUUGUUCAUUGAAAUGGGGCAGUGUGGUGAAUGGGUGAAUAGAUCAGCAUUCUCUUGUUUGUUGAGCACAUGUGCUGACAUUGCUGCACUUGAAUGUGGAAUGCAGCUUCAUGGGAGAUUGAUUAAGGCUGGUUAUGGGGUGGGAUGUUUUGUUGGGAAUGCACUGUUAGCUAUGUACUUUAAAUGUGGGAACAUGGAGGACGCGCGCAAUGUGUUUGAGGAAAUGGAAGAGAGGGAUGUCGUUUCAUGGAAUACUAUGAUUGCUGGUUAUGCACGGCAUGGUUUUGGAAAGGAAGCACUUGAAAUUUUUAAUACAAUGAGGACAACAUCUACCAAGCCAGAUGACAUUACUCUGGUUGGAGUGCUGGCAGCAUGUAGUCAUUCUGGCUUGGUUGAGAAAGGCAUUUCAUACUUCUACUCAAUGCACCAUGAUUUUGGUGUGACAGCAAAACCUGAGCACUAUACAUGUAUGAUAGACCUCCUUGGGCGAGCUGGACGAUUGGCUGAAGCACAUGAUCUUAUGAAGGACAUGCCAUUUGAGCCAGAUUCUACCAUGUGGGGUGCAUUGCUCGGUGCAAGUCGGAUCCACCGCAAUCCUGAACUUGGCAGGAGUGCAGCUGAGAAAAUAUUUGAGUUGGAGCCUGAAAAUGCUGGCAUGUAUGUCUUGCUUUCAAAUAUAUAUGCAUCUUCUGGGAAAUGGCGUGAUGUGGGAAAAAUGAGAGUAAUGAUGGAAGAGCGGGGUGUGAAAAAGGUGCCUGGAUUCAGUUGGAUUGAAGUACAGAAUAAAGUCCACACUUUCUCAGUUGGUGAUUGUGUGCACCCUGAGAAAGAAAAGAUAUAUGCUUUCUUAGAAGACCUUGACAUGAGAAUGAAGAAAGCUGGAUAUAUAUCAGCUACAGAUAUGGUUUUGCAUGAUGUGGAGGAGGAAGAGAAAGAGCACAUGCUCAAGUACCACAGCGAAAAGCUUGCUGUUGCUUAUGGAAUUUUAAAUAUUCCUCCUGGGAGACCUAUCCGAGUGAUAAAAAACCUCAGGGUAUGUGGAGACUGUCACAAUGCUUUCAAGUAUAUCUCUGCAAUUGAGGGCAGGCUGAUCAUAUUGCGGGAUUCUAACCGCUUUCACCACUUUAAAGGUGGUUCUUGUUCGUGUGGAGAUUACUGGUGAUGGCUAAUUAGAUUUCUAGUGCAAUGAACCCCUGAAGGAUCUGUGGUUGACAACACAACAAAGAUUAAGAUCUUACAAUUCAGGCUACAAACAAAAUAUAAUAGGCAUUCUGAUGACUCACUUGCCAUGUCACCCACAGGUUUUUUACUAAACCACCAUUUAACAUGAGUUGGUGUCUGUUCCAUGAUGAGUGAAGAGGUGAUACCUAGACAAAAUCAUAAUAUACAUGAGCAUAAUUCCAAUGUCAUGUGAUGGACUGGUGGUAGCUCAGCUCAACAGUCUCAAGGGAAAAGUUUGCUAAGGCAUGUUUAGAUUGGAAGAAGUUUUCACAAGGUGUUAGUCCUGUCCUGUAAGUGUCAGCUUAAGGUACCAAUUGAACUGAGAUGUACUGAAAAUCAAGGGUCAUAGUUGUGUUAGUUUUAGGGCACCAAGAAACCAUAAAAUUAUUAACUACUUUGUUUUCCUGUUACCAGAUUAGCAAUCGAAAUCAAGGAUGAUGUAAAUAUCCAGUGCAAGUAUUCUCUGUUGAACUCAAAUAUUGGUGUUGUCAAAGCAAGCAGAAGAUAGCAACAAUGGAUAUGUUGUUACUCCAUCUCUGUGAAAAUCAGCAUGCCAGAGAAAUGCAGUGCCUGAUGGGCUUGCAAGAGCAAUUGGUAUUCACAUAAAGAUUCAUCAUUGAUGCAGCUAAAAUUUGCAUGAUAUAUCAGGUGUGGCUAUCAAAUCGUGAGAAUAAGAAAUUGUCUGUGGAACAUAUCAUGUAGGUAUCUGUCAGGUUGUUAUCAUGGUGCAAGAAGCAAGUUGUACAGUGGUUGAGUAUGUGUUGCCAAGCUGAAGAUUUUGUUCAGUGAAGUCUAACAGUGGAGGCAUCUUCAGAUCUCCAGCUCUAUCUAGUGUUGUAAGUUGUACUCCCUCCGUUCCAUAUUAUAAAUUUUUCUGGGUUUGCCUAGAUUCAUUUAUGUAUCGA